AUGAGCAAAAGCGGUUUGAAGACAAUCGCUGAUGAGGAUAAGGAGGAGAAGUUCGGAUUCGUAUUCGCCGUAUCCGGUCCCGUCGUCACGGCGGAGAAAAUGUCCGGAUCGGCUAUGUACGAGCUGGUGCGUGUCGGGUACCACGAGCUGGUCGGAGAGAUCAUUCGUCUUGAGGGUGACAUGGCCACCAUCCAGGUAUACGAAGAAACAUCAGGCGUAACAGUAGGUGACCCCGUACUGCGUACUGGCAAGCCCCUGUCUGUAGAGCUCGGUCCCGGUAUCCUGGGCUCCAUCUUUGACGGUAUCCAGCGUCCAUUGAAGGACAUCAACGAGCUCACACAGUCCAUCUACAUCCCCAAGGGUGUCAACGUACCUUGCCUUGGACGUGAUGUCACCUGGGAAUUCAACCCCUUGAAUGUUAAGGUCGGUUCUCACAUCACCGGAGGAGACUUGUACGGUAUCGUACACGAGAACACACUUGUCAAGCACAAGAUGUUGAUCCCACCCAAGGCCAAGGGUACCGUCACCUACGUCGCGCCAACCGGCAACUACAAAGUCACUGACGUGGUGCUGGAGACGGAGUUCGACGGCGAGAAGGAGAAGUACUCCAUGCUGCAGGUGUGGCCGGUGCGCCAGCCGCGCCCCGUCACUGAGAAGCUGCCCGCCAACCAUCCGCUGCUCACUGGCCAGAGGGUGCUCGACUCUCUCUUCCCUUGUGUCCAGGGUGGUACCACGGCCAUCCCCGGCGCCUUCGGUUGUGGCAAGACUGUCGUCUCCCAGGCUCUGUCCAAAUACUCCAACUCCGACGUCAUCAUCUACGUCGGAUGCGGUGAACGUGGUAACGAGAUGUCUGAGGUACUGCGUGACUUCCCCGAGCUGACAGUAGAGAUCGAGGGCAUGACCGAGUCCAUCAUGAAGCGUACAGCACUCGUCGCCAACACCUCCAACAUGCCUGUAGCCGCCCGAGAGGCUUCCAUCUAUACCGGUAUUACCCUCUCCGAGUACUUCCGUGACAUGGGUUACAACGUAUCCAUGAUGGCUGACUCGACCUCUCGUUGGGCCGAGGCUCUUCGUGAGAUCUCAGGUCGUCUGGCUGAGAUGCCUGCCGACUCCGGUUACCCCGCCUACUUGGGAGCUCGUUUGGCUUCCUUCUACGAGCGUGCCGGCCGAGUGAAGUGCUUGGGUAACCCCGACAGGGAGGGCUCCGUGUCCAUCGUGGGCGCCGUGUCGCCGCCCGGAGGAGACUUCUCCGACCCCGUGACGGCGGCCACGCUGGGUAUCGUGCAAGUGUUCUGGGGUCUCGACAAGAAGCUGGCGCAGCGCAAGCACUUCCCCGCCAUCAACUGGCUCAUCUCCUACAGCAAGUACAUGCGAGCGCUCGACGACUUCUAUGAGAAGAACUACCCCGAGUUCGUGCCCCUCAGGACCAAGGUCAAGGAGAUCCUACAGGAAGAAGAGGAUCUUUCCGAAAUCGUGCAGCUGGUCGGUAAGGCAUCGCUUGCCGAAACUGACAAAAUCACCCUCGAGGUCGCCAAGCUGCUUAAAGACGACUUCUUGCAACAAAACAGCUACUCGUCGUACGAUCGUUUCUGUCCGUUCUACAAGACCGUGGGCAUGUUGAAGAACAUCAUCUCAUUCUACGACAUGUCGCGACACGCCGUGGAGUCCACCGCUCAGUCCGACAACAAGGUCACCUGGAACGUCAUCCGUGACGCCAUGGGCAACGUACUCUACCAGCUCUCCUCCAUGAAGUUCAAGGACCCCGUGAAAGAAGGCGAGGCUAAGAUCAAGGCAGACUUCGACCAACUCCUGGAAGACAUGGCGGCCGCCUUCCGCAACCUCGAGGACUAA